ACGCAUAUUUUAUAAGUUUAUAGCCGCUGGCUCAUUUAAUGCUUUAGCUGUUGUUGUUAUUAUAUUAUUUUCCUAUUUUUUUUCGAUAUCAUAAUUGCCCACUUGAAUCAAGCAUUUUGGUUCUUUAAAUGGAUACGUAUUUCGUUCAGAUGUUUUCUUUCCCUAAUACCCAUCUGGGCUUCCUAUGCUUUUAUGCAUUUCUCGACCUUAGUCCCUUCCCGUCAAAAUUACCCAGAAAUCAUUCGGCCAAGGCGGUUCGAAAAAAAAUGGCGGCCAUGUUUCGCAAAAAAGCAUCGGCCAAACGUAAUUUGCGAAGAAAAAACUUUGAUGAUGAUGAAGAAACUCAAAAUGACGAUCCCGGGGAAGGAGAGCCAAUGGAAGCUGAGACGUUUGGCCCCAAGAUUCCUAAGGCAAACAUCGAGAAAGUUACUUCGUCUAAUUCGCUAUUGAGCUUUGGUGACAACGAGGGAGAAGAAGAAUCUGAAGUUUUUAAAGUCAAGAAAUCGAAAGAGAGUAGGCGACUGCAGAUAAAGCUAGCCAUGGAAAAGAAAAAGAAGGAUAAAGUAGAAGUUGAUGUUAAUAACUCCAUUGAAGAAACGAAAAAAGUCAAAGAACAGGGAUGCAACGUAGCUCUGGAGAGUGAGGAAGAGAAAAUUCUAGCUGCCCAAAAAUUAGAAGCGCUAAGAGCCGAGCUGAGUAAAAUGUCUAAACUAGAUGACGAGGAGGAGAACAGUGAUGAGGAAAAUGAAAGCAAAAAUGGGGCACUAGGGGAUUCUGGGAUUGGGAAACAUACAUUUAGUAUUCCAGAUGCUGCAACUAUUCAUGCCUUGAAGAAGAAACGAGAAAUGGCUAGACAACUUGGGGAAAGAGGGGGGGAUUAUAUUCCUUUAGAUGAUACAAAGAGGGUUAAUGUAUUCGAGGCAAAAUCUAGGUUAGUACGGGAGGAUGAGAAUGACGAGAGUGAGGAUGAAGAUGGGCCAAUAAAUUUCUCAGUUGGGGGUAAGGGACAUGAUGCCAGAAAAAAGCGAGAAGAGGUUCGAACAGCCUUGGUUAGAGGUGACGAGAAUGAAGAAGAAGAUGACGAUGAUGAAGAGACAAAGCGUUGGGAAGAGGAGCAGAUUCGCAAAGGAGUUUCCGGUCCACAAGUCCAACAAGAACAGGAACAAAAACCUACAUUCACUAUUCCUAGUCAAUCACAAGUAUUAUCAGCCUAUGAACAACCAACACAAGCAUUUCACUCUAGCGUAUAUCCAUACGGAGGUGGAUAUGGCACUGAAUCCCCUGUACAGGUCAAUAAUACCUCCUAUUCCGUACCUUCAUCAAUGCCACCCUUACCGCAAGUUGUAACCAUGGAGUCCAUAUGUACUCGGAUGAGCAAGAGAUUGGAGUCCCUUCAGGAGGUCUACCGUGUCCAUAAACUCGAAAGAGAUAAAACUGUCACCCAUUUGGAGACUGCUCAAGAGAGUAUAGACAACAUGGAAGGGCGUGGUGGCGAUAUCGAGAGGAAUUUUGCGUUUUUUCAAGAGAUGAGGGGGUAUGUUCGGGACUUGAUUGAAUGCCUUAACGAGAAGGUGCCUGUCAUCGAUGCUCUAGAAAAGUCAAUCCAUGGGCUACUGCGGCAGCGAGCUGAGCGGUUUGUCCAACGAAGACAGGAUGAUGUGAAGGACCAGGCGACUGAGUAUCUUGAGGCACAAAUGGGCAAGAAGAUCAGUACUGGAGUGGUUGAUCCAUCUAAACAAAGGCGUGCUGCUGAAAGGGAAGGGAGGAGGACACGGCGUCGCCGGCAAAGGGAGAUCAACCCAGCUCCAUCAAGCUACCAUGAGGGCAUGUCCACAGAUGACGAGGAGACAGAGACUGAUAGCCUUAUAUUUAGGAAGGAAGCAGAAAAAGUGAUCUCAGACUCAAGGACAAUCUUCGAAGAUGUUGUAGAUGAGUUCAGCUGUAUAAGUGCCAUUAGAGCGAGGUUUGAGGAGUGGAAACAGUUGCGUGGAGACAGCUACAGGAAUGCAUACAUUGGCCUUUGCCUGCCAAAGCUCUUUAAACCCUUUGUCAGGCUUGAGUUACUGCCUUGGAAUCCUUUAGAGACCAGAGCUAAAGACCUUGAGUCCAUGCAGUGGUACACAGAUCUCCUAGGCCUGGGGUUAACUAGUCAAAUGGAUCUUGACCCAUCCGAUGAUGACGUGAAAGUGAUACCAGGCAUAGUCGACAAGACGGUUAUCCCAAAGGUUACUGGUCUAAUGGAGCAUGUUUGGGACCCACUGUCCACUACGCAGACAGCAUGUGCAGUGAAACUGGUGGAAAAGCUUGCUGUAGAGUACCCUACUGUUCAAUCUAAGAACAAAUCUACACAGAAAUUAUUCCAUGCUAUAAUAAUGAGGAUGAGGAAGUCUGUGAGUGAUGAUGUCUAUGUACCACUAUACCCAAAGCCGCUAUUAGAAAAUAAAACCUCUGGGGCAUUAGCAUUCUUCCAGAGACAGUUUUGGUCAUGCUUUAAGCUCUUCAGUAACAUUCUCUUAUGGCAUGGGCUGGUCGCACCUGCACGACUCCACGAACUGGCCAUUGAUGGCCUUCUCAAUAGAUAUCUGCUGAUGGGUUUACAACACUCAUUCCUCUACUAUGACAGCUUGGACAAGUGCAAAUCGAUCGUGUCUGCUGUACCCAAGGCGUGGCUAGACAAGGACACAACUCCUGCUGGACUGGAGGCGUUUGCACGGUUCCUAGUGGUUCUAGGCACCUCAAUGCAACGGUCGUCUGCGGGAGCCUCAGAGGGGGAGAGGAAAAAGGCGAGAAGUGGGACAAAGAAAGUCAUUCAGCUUCUGCUACAAAUCAAGGCAUCCGAAAAAGCCCAAUUGCUAGCUGAAGAGUAUGGAAUGUCAGAUCUUGUAUAAGUCAAGGUCAUGUGACCAAGUACAUCCAGGAACAUUCAAAGCCAAGAUCACGUGAUUCGUUGCUUUAACGAGUAUUGCCUUAGAUGCGUUAUCGGUGACUGGAAAUAUCAGUGAACAUUCUAAGAAACCCAGUAACCUUUGCGGGCUCCCUCUUAUAGUGCAUCGGCCGUCGAGCAUGCGCAAUGAAGUAUUCUCGGGAGAUCUAUGGCAUUAGAUGCAGAGAGCGAUGAUGUAUUCGUGGAAAAGUCUGGGAUGGGUGCAGGGAACCAUUACCCAUGCCAUUGUGUAAAAUAGUUUUGGAAAGAAAGAAAAAUAAUCUGCAA